CGAGCCCAUCAAAAGUCAAACAAAAGCGUAGUGCCAUGCAGCUGCCCAUCACCAUUGGACUAAUCCUUGUGGCCGCCGUUGCGCUGGCCCAGCCGCAGGGCAGGAUCGCUGGUGGAGAAGAUGCCGUGCCCGGCCAGCUGCCCUACCAGGCGUCCCUCUCCGUCGGCGGCAGCUACAACUGCGGCGCCGUGAUCAUUGGCCAGCGCCACGCCCUCACCGCCCUCACCUGCGUCUGCUCCGAUGGCAAGGAUAACCCUUGGCCUGCUGCCCUCUUCGCCGUGACCGUGGGAUCGGUGGAUCUCUACAAUGGAGGCAAGCAGCUGCGCGUGGAGGAGAUUACCAUCAACCCGAACUACAACAACCUGAAGACUGGAAUCGCCCUGCUCCGUCUGCAGGAGGAGAUCACAUUCAGCGAGACAGUGAGUGCCAUUCCGCUGGCCCAGGAUGCUCCGCCGCUGGGCGCCCAGGUGGAGGUCUCCGGCUGGGGACGCACCACCGAGUCCGAGGUGAACAUGCAUCGCACCCUGCAAAUUGGCGCCGCCGAGGUGAUGGCACCACGCGAAUGCGCCCUGGCCAAACGGGAUGAGCUGCAGCUGGUGGACGACCAGGUGCUGUGCCUGGGCCACGAACGUCGUCGGGGAAUCUGCAGUGGGGAUAUCGGAGGUCCGGCCGUCUACCAGGGCCAGCUGGUGGGUCUGGGCGCCCAGAUCCUCGGCGAGUGCGGUGGCAUGCUGCCCGAGCGCUUCGUUAGCAUCGCGGCCAACUACGAUUGGAUCCAGCUGCAGUUGCAAUAAACCAAUGUCGAUGGCAAAAGCAUUAUGAAA